AUGUCGUCCUUCACCGCGAUUAAUGUUACAGAUGAUGAGUUGGAUAUUGAAGAGCAUACUAGAGAACUUCAGAUCGAACAUGCAUUAGAGGUCUUUGACAAAGCACUAAAAUUCCAGAAAGACCGUUGUUUUGAGUCAGCCUCCGAGCUGUAUGAUGCUUUGUUUGAAAUCGAGAUCAUCAGCUCCAGAAAUGAUACCCACAACCCAAUGAUUGAGCAGCUUAAAUUCAUGGCUUAUAGAAAUAGAGGCUUUUUGAAGGUUGGUGAACUUUUCGACGAGCUUGAGGACGAUAAGGAGGUUGUAGAAUUAAAAGAAUGUGAUGAUACGGUAGGUGAGAAAGUCGCAGGUGGUCAAAAUGGCACAAUUGUUGAGCAAGAUGAGGAUCAUGACAUACUGAUUUCACGAUACCACCGACUUCUAUCAGCUAUGGAUGAUCUAACAACUGCCCUAAAUCAUGGUGAAGGAGAUCUCAAGCUUAUGCAAAUUAUCACCGAGAUGUUUACCUUUUAUGGUUUGAAUCGUGCUGCAAGGUUUGGUUUCGAGUAUAAGAUCAAGCCAUCCGAAAUAGACGGCGGUGUCAAUCCAAAUCAUAACACAGAUGAUCUUAAUUGGAACAUAUCUGAGCCGAGAACUCUUCUUCCGAACCAGGUCCAGUUCAUAAGUCGGUUCAAAGAGCUCAUGCUAAGGAUUGGAGACAGGUAUAGUGAGAUAUUUCUCGAAGUUAGCAAAGUUCUCGACAAUUCUUUAGCCCAGAGGAUACUCUCAACACGAAAAAUGCAGACCCUUGAUUUCAGCAAGAUAAUAUCGAAAGAAGAGUUUUCCCGUCUUAGACAUUCCCAUGCUCAAUCUUCUGUUGUGUCUGUGCCGUAUAAUAGGCAGAAUAUGUAUGAUAUCUCUGCACUGCUUGAAAAUUUGGAGGCUGUAAUACCGAAUGCAAAAGGAAAAGCUGGUAAUUUGCAUUUUCCUGAUGACUACAUAUACACAAGCAAGCCGAUAGACAGAAUAAGCAUAGAUUUUAAGUUGGUUGAGGAGCCUAGAGAUCAAGAUGAGAAAAAACAGCUGAAAGACACAUCACUACCAGAUGGAAAAGAGACGAUAGUGAUUGACGAUGAUGUAGAGCAAGAGAAAUCUUUAAAUGAAAUGAAUAAGGCAACUACAGAGAAAGAUCAACUCCCAUCGGUAAAUUCCGAGGAGCUGACGUUGGCUCAAAGAAUUGCUGUGAAAAGAUUAAGAUCCAGAAACGAAGCUAAGAUUGAUGAGUUGACACCGGAGCUAUUUAAAGAUCAGGCGAAAUUUCUGGAUGAGUUCUCAAAAUACAUUGAGCUAUGCCAGAUUAAGCUGCCCAAACAAGAUCUCAUUCAGACCGUCAUCUCUGGAUCAUUGAAGAAUAAGAAUGUUGAUUUCAGAAUAGUCAACUUUCAGUACUACCUAAAUCAUUGGAAAAGUGUACAAUCAAAAUCAUUAUUGACCGAUUUUGCUCCUGUAUCCUCUUCUGAGAAGAAGGAAUCAGCCAGCGAUGAUGAUUAUAUGACCAUGCGUAACAAGUCCAUAGAAGAUAUCUUGAAUGUGAGCUCUUCGAGUGAAGAUUCCGAAAGAACACCUUCUGCAUCCAGUUUAGAUGCAGGCUGCAUUUUCAAGAAGUUAACAGAUUUCAACAAAACCGGGGGACACUUAUAUCAGUUGAGAUGGAUUGUCAUUGAUUAUCUGCUAGGUCCAAUUGGAGAUAAAGGAGGGAAUCUGGUCACAAAUGGCUCCAUUACAGAUGCCGCACUUUUGUCUUUAGAAGGCAUUACUUUCUCCAUGAAUGAGCUGUUAUACAAACAUUAUGAGGCCAAAUUGGAAGAUCCACGCAUAGAAAACGAUAUGGGUAGCUGGGAAGUUGCACUAUCGAUCUUUGAGCUUUUUGUCAAUUGCUAUUUGAGAAUUCUAAAGCGGGAUAAAGAGGAAGAGUCAACGGAUAUGCUUACCUUCGAUGAAGAUAUUGGUCACAUUGUUGAGCGUUGGGAAACACUAUUUGACGAUUUGUUUAGUUUUGUUGAUUAUCAAUCCGUUUCUCCACAGCUUUGGCUAAGGUUCUCUUGGGCCAAGUCGUGUCUUUUACGGAAUAAGCCUGAACUUAGCACCAAAGAUGUGAGUUCGUUGCUCUCAAAAAUGUCUAAAGUUGGAGAAAGAGCGAAAUUCGACAUCCCUAUGGUGAACUAUGACUUUAUUCCGGCCUUAAACUUGAAUAGCAUAAGAAUCCAGUUGUCUAAGAUGGACGUUUUAGAGGCUUUUACCAACGAUGACAAGUCCAACAAGAUAUUGGAAAGAAUUCUACUGCAAAAAGGACCAUCUUCUGAAGAGACUGAUACAGAAAUAGAGAUGAGAAAACUUAUGGAGAAUUCGCCAACUCUGUUGAAAUUGCGGCUCUGGUCCAUACUCUUGACCUUUUACCAGAAUGAGUACAACAUUCAGUCUUACAAGAUUGGAUUUGGCCACGUGUUGUCCAUCUUGGUCAAGGAGUUGAAUGCAUUAAAGCAAGAAGAUGCUGACACUUUGGGCGUCAACAAGAAGUUGCUCAAGAUUUUAGGCGUGUUUUGCUAUCUUGCGAAGCGAUAUGUUAGUUUCCUAUCCAGCGAGAAAUGGAAUGUGAAGUCGGCUCCAAGUGACAGAGAGGUGUUGGAGAAGCUUAUGAUAUUUACACGUUUUGCAUAUGUAUUUCUCCUCCAUGAGGAUACAGCGGAGAUGGUCUCAUUUCGGCAUACGCUCAAGAAAGAUUUUGCAAAAGCAUACGAGUGCCUUGUCAGCCUGACUGUACUCAGCUACACUUUGGUGCUUGUAUACUAUGAUUUUACUUUGUGUGACCCAUCUCCAGACAAGAUCAAUGAUUUCUACAGCAUUAUUCACGUUCAACUUGGUGUGAGGCAUAUCUGCAACAGUUCAGGGGGCUACUUGUUAGAUUACAUGCAGCAGAAGCUAUCUGAGCUUCUUUGGGAAUAUUCGGACCGGGACUUUUUCCAGAUUGUGCACUGCCGGUAUGGGAUUCAGGUCUCGAUGGAGUACUAUGAGGCGUAUGACCACCAGACGGAAAAAACGGAGAUGACCGACACGGAUGCAAUUGCCGUCAGCAGGUAUGUGAUUCCCUACUGCUACAGGAAAAAGCACCCGCUUUUGAACCCUCCUAGAAACGACAUAAAGUCUAUCCUUGACAUGGUGUACGAGAGUGUCGGAGAUCUGCCUGGAAUAGACGCAAGUGUAAGAAGAAACAACAGUAUCAUUACGAGAUUUUUGGAUAACACUGUUCUUGACAUGGAUAUUAUAUCCGAUGCAUUUGACGGCAAGUUUGAGAUGGCUUUAAGUGUUCCUGACUGUCUACAAGUGCAGGCAGCAAAGAACGGUGUAUAUUUCAUGCAAGGACUAAUGGCCUUGCACACAUUCCGCAUUAGGAGAGGAGCCAUGCAGGGCCGUUCUGCAGAUCUUGAUUUUGUCAUUAAAAUGCUCCAGAUGGACUUAUCGUCUGGCUCGCAUCGCAUUGAUAGCUGGCUUCUUUUGGGUGAGGCGUACUCCUAUCUUGUUGAGGAUGAUAUUAUAUGGACGUCUGACAAGCUCAAUAACGAGGAGAAAAAGAACUAUACUGCUUCUGUUCAAAAGCAGGCAAUCCUAUGCUACCUUGUGGCAUUUAGCUUGUAUCAGCACUACAAGUUGCUACGAAACGAAGAGAGAAAAACAGAAGAAACACUCGAAGUCUUGAAGCAAGGAGCGAAGUUUGAGCCUUUGGCUCCAACACUGUGGAAUUUACUUGGCCGGGAACUUUAUGGUGCUUGGAUGAAGCCGAUGUGCAAACUUGCAUUCCGUGUCAGUGCCUCCCACACACAUCUUUUGGGCUCACCUUUCCCAUCCAACUCUAUAAUCAAGGAUUCUGGAAACAGUACGACAAUUCUUGAUGGAACAAAAAUUAUGUCUGACACCGUCUUUUAUCAGAUACUUGAGUUGGUCUUUAGCCGCGCUUAUUGCUCAAAUGGCUCAGACUGGUACAGCCUCAUGUAUUUGGCCAAGGUUCAGUUGAAGCAGAGAGAUCGACAUCGUUUCCAAUCGAUACUGCCCAACUUAUUGCUUUCAUGCCUUGUCGGAUUAAAGGAAAGCACUAGAGAGGACCCUAUUGUAGAGCCACACUAUGUUUACUGCUCUGCUCUCUAUCGGGCCUUUAAACAUGGUGAAAUUGGUUAUUCGUCAGCACUUGAACUUCUCAAGAAGGAUCCUAUCUUUGCCGAAGUUCUUCCGGAGACUGUGGUAAGUAAUAAUGAUUUUCUUGAGUCGUUGAUCACCGCGUUGAGAAAAUGCUUGUCGUACGAUAAGAAAAAGUGGCAGCACAAGCCACGCUACAAGAUUGCAAGAAUCUAUCUUGACGAUUUCAAAGAUCUUGAGUCCAGCAAGAAGGAAAUGGACUCGAUCAUUAACCUCAAACCAACAGUGAGAAGUUUGAGCACAAUUUGGAAACCGGACAACGAACGCCCUGGUAAGCACUUUGUGUACAACUUCAUGUAUAUCAACUUCUACAUCGAGAUGUUGGACUACACUGCCGACAUUUAUCCAAUGAUCUAUCUCAUCAAGAAGUUGAGGAAGUUGGGCUCUAGCAUGAUUGGGCAGGUUAAGACUUUUGACUCGGCAGUUGCCAAAGCGUGUGUUAUGAUAAAGAAGAUUAUGUACAUCCACCCUGGGUACUUGGACUUGCAAAUUACCCAGAUGGUGUACUCGGAGUUCAUCAAUUACUCGAAAGAGUUCAUUGAAUCCUUAAAGGGGAAGACCGAAUUCACCGAGUGGGAGAAAUCGACCAUUUUCUUUUUAAAUGAGGCGUACGAGUUUCGUAAAAUGGCAAAUGGAUUUGCCGCAACCGGAAUUAUUGAUGACUGCUACCACAGUCUAUAUCUGACGUUGUUCAUGCCCUAUCUUCAAAGGAAGCUUUUGGAGGUUAAGCCUAAUCGUGAGAGUACUCAAGAAGAGUUGUCAUCAAGCCAAUCAUUGGAGCUUGUUUCCGAUAGCAGAUUCAAGCAGGUCAGUUUAAAAUCACCGGGUUCUGGGCCAAGAGAGAAAAUUAGGGUUGCGAGAAGAGACAUCACUCCAUUCUGUGUCAAGCUAAUAAAAACCCUGGCUCCCAUUCUCAGCCAGUUGAGAAAAGAGGCUUUCAAAGGUAACUUUCUUCCGUAUGACAAGGAAUUGGUUCUUGAAAACAGAGAGUAUGAUAAUGUUGCCUCUGCUAAUACUUUAAACUGGGAAUAUGGCAUUAAGGAAACUGAUAAAUCGGCCAAUGAUGCAGCUGAUAUUGUUAAAGCAAAGUACCUUGUUACAAAGUAUAGUAACCUUCCAGAUUCAACACUAUCAAGGUUAAGGGAUGAGUUUGAUAUCAGUCUGGAUAUGGAAUCGAUUUUCAAUAAUGAUCAAGCGCCGAAUGCGGAGAUAUUUGAUGUCGGUGAAGUUUCUGGAUCAGAAAACUCUGGAGAGGGAAAGGAUAUGGUAAAGAAUGCUGAAAAAGAUGCAAGUGUUGAAAAGGGUGCAAGUUAUGAAAAGAAUACAAAUUCCGACAAUAACAAAUCCAAAGCAUUGGAAGGUGCCCAGAGUUCAGAGGUUAAGCCAAUUGAUAAAAUAAAUGAAGAUCAAAUUAAGGUAAAAGAGUUCGAGAAGCAGGACAAAAAUGCGUUAAAUGCACCGGAGAUCAUUAAUUUGGAUGAUGAUAGUGAUUUCGAUGUCAAAGAAAGCGAGAAUACGCAUCAAUCCAAGUUGACAGAAUUCUUUUCUGGAAAGCACAAGCAUGAAGUUGUGGAGCCAAUAACAGAAAUCGAGAAAUACCCAGUAAAGAGGAGGAAACUCGUUAUCUCUAGAAAUUUCCAAACCAAAAAGCCAGAGCCGGUGCAAGAAGAAAGCAAGCCGAAAUAUGAAGAUGUUGAAGAUGUUGAAAAUACGAAGAAAGACUAA